GUUAUUUAGGCUCCAUACUGUGGUCAAGAUGUCUGACAUGGAGGAUGAUUUCAUGUGCGAUGAUGAAGAGGACUAUGACCUGGAAUACUCAGAAGACAGCAACUCCGAGCCCAACGUGGACUUGGAAAACCAGUACUACAAUUCCAAAGCGCUGAAAGAAGACGAUCCGAAAGCAGCCCUCAGCAGCUUUCAGAAGGUGCUUGAACUUGAGGGCGAGAAGGGUGAAUGGGGAUUCAAAGCACUGAAACAGAUGAUCAAGAUCAAUUUUAAGCUGACUAACUUCCCUGAAAUGAUGAAUCGAUACAAGCAGCUCCUGACAUAUAUUCGCAGUGCCGUCACCAGGAACUACUCAGAGAAAUCCAUAAACUCCAUAUUGGAUUAUAUCUCCACUUCUAAACAAAUGGAUCUGCUCCAGGAGUUUUAUGAAACAACAUUGGAAGCACUGAAGGAUGCCAAAAAUGACAGGCUUUGGUUUAAAACCAACACAAAGCUGGGAAAGUUGUAUUUGGAGAGGGAGGAAUUCGGCAAACUCCAGAAAAUUCUCAGGCAGCUGCACCAGUCAUGUCAGACCGAUGAUGGAGAGGAUGACUUGAAGAAAGGCACGCAGCUUCUGGAGAUCUAUGCGCUGGAGAUCCAGAUGUACACGGCGCAGAAGAACAACAAGAAGCUCAAGGCCCUGUAUGAGCAGUCCCUACACAUCAAGUCUGCUAUCCCCCAUCCACUCAUCAUGGGUGUGAUCAGAGAGUGUGGAGGUAAGAUGCACCUGAGAGAGGGUGAGUUUGAGAAGGCUCACACCGACUUCUUCGAGGCGUUCAAGAACUACGACGAGUCGGGAAGCCCGCGGCGGACCACCUGUCUGAAGUACCUGGUGUUGGCCAACAUGCUGAUGAAGUCAGGCAUCAACCCCUUCGAUUCGCAGGAGGCAAAACCAUACAAAAAUGACCCUGAAAUUCUCGCCAUGACAAAUUUGGUAAGUGCCUACCAGAAUAAUGACAUCACAGAGUUUGAGAAGAUCCUGAAGACGAACCACAGUAACAUAAUGGACGACCCCUUCAUAAGAGAGCACAUUGAAGAAUUAUUGAGGAAUAUCAGGACACAAGUGCUCAUCAAGUUAAUUAAGCCUUACACUAGAAUACACAUACCUUUCAUCUCGAAGGAAUUGAACAUUGAUGUAGCAGACGUGGAAAGCUUGCUUGUUCAGUGCAUAUUAGACAAUACGAUCAAUGGCCGCAUUGACCAGGUCAACCAACUCUUGGAGCUGGACCAUCAGAAGAGAGGCGGAGCCCGCUACACAGCUUUAGACAAAUGGACCAAUCAGCUCAAUUCUCUCAACCAAGCCAUUGUCAGCAAGCUGGCUUGAUGGGCGCAAUGAUCACCUGGCAACCUGUCACACCUUUUGCAACCAUGGACGGUCGAGGGCAAAAUACUACUGUCAAGUCAUGUGGCACCUCCUAGCUGGUUGAUGGUGUGUGAGUGUGUGUGUUCUGGCUAAUCUGUGUGAGGCUGCUGCUUUCACUUGGGGCUAAGCACUGAAUCCAAGGCACACCAUAAAAGACAAAAAAAAACCCAUCAACAACAACAACAACAACCAGACUCUUAUCCUCUGUCCAGAUGUCCCCAUUGUCAGUUGUUGCUCAAGCAGCAAUGAUAUCUGUUGGGAGAGGUAAACUGAUUCAGAUUACUGACUUGUGGUCAUGGUUCAUUUUACUCAAGUUAAUUUACGUCAUUGUUUGAUAAGCGAUAAACAUUAUUUCCAUGGAAUAAUUUCUCUGGUUAGCACUUUGGCCGUCACAGACAGCAUGUUCUCCCGGGCUCAGUGUGGGGCUCUGGGCUGUGAUCAGAUACACCACUGAUGUCUGCAUAGAGCGAGUAAUUACUGGCACUCCUUGUUUUUGCUGAGAGGAAAAAAACAGUGUCUCUGUUACAUUGUAACGCUGUCCCUGUUAUUUUGUUUUGUUGGGAAAAAAUGUAAUAAAUGAUGCCCAUGAUGCUUCUAUUGAA